GCGAUAUCCUUGCGCUUGAUGUUGGCUGCCUGCUCCACGUCCUUGAGGUUUCUCGGCGUGGACGUGUCCCUGCAUGCGGCGUACAGCGCCGAGGCCAUGAGUGCGGAGAUGGAUCUUCCCCUGACCAGGCCCUUCUCCAACGCCUUUCUGUAUAUGUAUGCCGCCUUUUCUAUCACCGCAUCAGAUAUUGCCAGCUUGUCCUUGAGCCUGUUCAGCUCCGAGAACGCCUGCCGGAAGUUACGGUCUACCGGCUCAUGUACCUGGCUCCUGCUGUCCCACGUUCUCAGCCUCUCUAUGGUGGACUUCAUCGACGUCGUGAGGGGCCUGCCCGACGCGUCCUUGUUUAUCGGGUUUAUUAUGGUGGCAAGUCCCAUGUCGUGCAUCGUAAGCGAGGUGGGGGCUCCAGCCCUGGCACGGUCCCCGCGCUCAUCCUGGGUAAACGAGCGCCACUCAGGACCAUACUCUUGGAGCUUCUCAGACAGAACGAAACCGCAGUUGGAGCAGAACGUCUCCCCUGACUCAGUGUCUGUUACCAUCUUUCCCUUGGCGCACCUUGGGCACUGCUCCUUG